AUGGCUCUGCUGGGUCUGGUGAUGGCCGAUCUGCUGCUGCUGUGUCUCAUCGUCAUCGGGUUCCUGUUGUCCCGAUGCUGGCCCGGGCCCCAGUCCCACGCUCUCAGAGACUCUCUUCAGGUCACAAACGACGGCUUCCAGACAGAGGGCGAGUCCAAGGGCCGGUGGGCGGGCAUGUUCCCCAGAGGAAAGGUGCUGCCUCUGGGCAAACGCAGCUCCAAGUCCUGCUCCACCUGCGGCAGCUUCUCCAACCAUGUCCAGCACAUUCUGUAA